AAUAAUGGAACAAAUCAAAAUUCAUCUCAACCAUCCUAUGUUUGUGCUUUAUAUUUUGCAUCACCUUUCUUUGUUAUUCAAGCUAUUUGUAUUGGAUUUUUUACAAUUGAAUUUUUUGUUCGUAUAUUAACUGCACCAUCAUUACUUAAUUUCAUAAAAACUCUAAUGAAUUGGAUUGAUUUAAUAGCUAUAAUACCUUUUUAUAUUACACUUGCUAUUCGUUUAGCUGGUCGACGCAAUGACAUGAAUUCACUUAUUUAUUUUAAUCUUCGAUUUUUAACUAUAUUUCGUCUUGCACGUAUUUUUAAAUUUUAUCGAGUAUUUAAAAGUAUGAAAUCUUUUCGUGUGCUUUCAACAGCAAUAGCAGAAUCAUUACUUGAUUUUUUAAUAAUGAUUAUUAUUUUAAGUGUAUUCGGUUUUCUUUUCGGUACUGUUGCUUAUUAUGCUGAAGAUCAUUCAAAUGGUCAACCAUUUGAUUCAAUUUUUAAGGCAACUUAUUGGGGAAUUAUUACAAUAACAAGUGUUGGAUAUGGCGAUAUUGCCCCAAUAACACCGAUUGGUCGAAUAAUAUCCUGUUUAUGUGCAUUAUUUGGUGCUGCAACAAUUGGUAUGCUUGUUUCUGUUCUUGUUGAUCGAUAUCAACGUAUUUAUGCUCGAACAUUAUUUAUUAAUGAAGAACCAAUUCAAAUUGAUGAUUAUUCUGAUGAUGAAAAUAAUGAUACAGAUUCAGAAAAUGAAAAUCUUUAUUCAGUAAGCCGCAUAAAUUUGAGAAUUGCAGAUAAUAAUGCACGAGUAAAAGAGAAUGUAAUAAAUGGUGAAAGUAAUAUGGUAGAAAUUCUUCAAACACCUGAUUCAUCAUUAGAUGAAGAAAAUCCAAUGAAUAGCAAAAUCUAA